AUGUACUUACCGAAUAUACUUCCAAGAGAUGUGCAUCAUCUCUGGCUCGAUGCCACAGACACCCAGACGGACUCACUUCACAGACACCUCAACCUACAGUCACAAGUAUCGCCCCACCAGCGGAGCCUCCAGCAACAACUCCAGGAACAGGAAGAGCAGUUAAACGUUGUAGCACCACCUCUAUCGUCUUACUCCUCGGCCUACCCGGGAGCUAUGCCUGACGAAGCCAGAAACCCUUCCAACUUACAGACCCUCGCGCCCGACCUCCAGACGCGGGUUAACUACCUCAAUUCGAUUCGAACGUUGGGAUUCUCUUACUUGAAGCCAUUGGGGGUGAACAAAACCAUGGCCCAUAUGAUGGAGGAGCAGCACAUGCUGACUUCUGCGUUUGGCACUUACACCGGAGACUUUACCGAACCGGUAGUUGGAACCACAGAGAACGGGUUUGACCAACGGAAUCAGCAGAACCCCAACACCGCCGAUCGAACGUUCAACCUCACCAAUAUCUCUGGAAAUGGAACCAGUGGGAUCAACGCUGAGGGCACCAACUACGACACCACCAAUGCCGAAACGGCGCCCAACGAAGCCGAUUUGGACGCAGAGAUUCCCGAUGGAGACUCCUACAUGGCCGAAGACUAUGACUACGAGGAAGAUGAUGAGAACGGCGAGGAUUUGGUGGAUAACCACGACUUUAUAGACAACGACAUGGAGUUUAUGGCAGUGGAGGAAGAGUACCAGGAGGACCACAGCGAUUUUUUUCAGUUGAGCAACAUCAGUGUGACUAGCGGCAGGCAGGAAAGGCGUCCGUCGGAGUAG